GGGACCGGCGGGACCGGAGCGGCGAUUCCCGGCGGGACCGGAGCGGCUGGGCCGGCGUGGCGGUACCGGCCUUGGCGUCCUGCCCCUGCCCUCGGCAGCCCUGCCCGGCCCUGCCAUGCUGGCCGCAGAAUGGCCCCUGUGGAGCAGGACGCGCUGGCCGUGCGGGAGCAGCUCUUCCACGAGAGGGUCCGCGAGUGCAUCAUCUGUGCCCUGCUCUUCGCCAGCCUCUACAUCCUCUGCCACUUCAUCAUAACCCACUUUAAGAAGCACACGGAUUUCACAGCAGUUCACGAUGACGAGGAUGCUGCUGUCAACAGGAUUGCGCUGGGGCUCUGCACCUUCACCCUGGCUGUGGCACUGGGUGCUGUCCUCCUCCUGCCCUUCUCCAUCAUCAGCAACGAGGUGCUGCUCUCCUUCCCCCAGAACUACUACAUCCAGUGGCUCAACGGGUCCCUCAUUCAUGGCCUCUGGAAUUUGGUUUUCCUCUUCUCCAAUAUGUCCCUGGUCUUCCUCAUGCCCUUUGCCUACUUCUUCACCGAGUCAGAGGGGUUUGCAGGAUCCAAGAAGGGCAUCAUGGCCAGGGUGUACGAGACCUCGGUGGUGCUGCUGCUGCUGACGCUGCUGGUGCUGGGCAUGGUCUGGGUGGCCUCUGCCAUCGUGGGCAACGACGCUGCCAGUCGCCAGUCACUCUACGAUCUCUGGGAAUAUUAUCUGCCCUACCUCUACUCCUGCAUCUCGCUUUUCGGUGUCCUGCUGCUGCUGUUGUGCACCCCCUUUGGCCUCUCCACCAUGUUCACUGUCACUGGGAAGCUGCUGGUGAAACCCCGGCUCCUGGAAGACCUGGAUGAGCAGCUGAGCUGCACGAGGUUUGAGGAAGCCGCUGUGUCCCACAGGAUCCGCUCUGCAGGCAAAGCUUCCUGCUGGCUGAAUCUGGACAUGGAGAUGCUGCAGGAGCAAUUCUUUGCCAUCCGGAGCAAGAGGCGGAAGCUGGAGCUGCGGCACCGAGCAUCGCCCUGGCAGAGGAACCUGGGCUACCCCCUGGCCAUGCUGGGCCUCCUGGCACUGACAGGCAUCUCUGUGCUCAUUGUUUGCUUCCACGUCCUGGAGCUGCUGCUGGACGAUGCCGCAAUGCCACGGGGCAUCCAGGACGCAUCCCUGGGCCAGGUUUCCUUCUCCAUCUUCGGCUCCUUUGGAGCUGCACUGCAGGUUGUCCUCAUUUUCUACCUAAUGCUCUCCUCUGUCGUGGGCUUCUACAGCUCCCCCCUGUUCACUCGGCUGCUGCCGGAGCGGCAGGACACCCCCCUCACCAAGAUCAUUGGGAACUGCGUCUCCUUGCUGGUGCUCAGCUCAGCACUGCCCGUCUUCUCCAGGACACUGGGGAUCACCCGUUUUGACCUCCUGGGGGAUUUUGGCCGCUUCAACUGGUUGGGGAACUUCUACAUCGUCUUCCUCUACAACAUGGGCUUUGCUGGGCUCACCACGCUGUGCCUGGUCAAAAGGGUGUCCUGGGCAGUGCAGGCCGAGCUGAUCCGUGCCUUUGGUCUGCACAAGCUGCCGCUGCCCGUGACGCGCUGCCGGACCCGCAGCAAGCCCUGCUAGGGCUGGGGGGACAGGGACGUGUCCCCCCCCUCACUGUGGUGGCCACCGGGGUGGCUGCCAGCCGCAGAGCUGGCCCUGAUAGCUCCCGGUGCCUCAGAGCCCCUCAGGGAAAGCUGAGACACCUUUGGGGGUGCCCCCCCUGCUCUGUCUCAGCUGUUGUGCUACUGAGCCUUGGCCUUGAGCCACAUCCCCAAGGGGAGCGGGGUCCCCCUGAGGCUGUGCUGGCUGCAGCCCCCCACCCCUAUUUACAUACCUCGUCUAACAAUGGCCAGGACCCCCCCCGACCUCCCCUGGCUGCUCCCCCGGGGUCUGGCUGAGUUUUAAAUGCUGUCCUGAUGCUGUGGGAGGGGGUCCUGUGCCCAGAGCCACUCCACACUCCACCCCUCUGUCACUUGGGGGCUGCAGGGGGACACUGGCUGUCCCCUGCCCACCCCGAGGUCUUUGGGGUCCCUAAUAGGGAGGCCUGGGGUGCAGGGGACAAGUCCCCCCCCUCCUGUGAUGAGUAUGUCAGGUCUCUGUUACAACAGAACUUGCUUGGAGAAAUAAAUACUGACUAGUUUUUAUAUAAAAAUA